CUUGGAGGCUGAAGGGAUACUGUAUUCCCUAUCUUCAUUCACAUCGUAUACUAGUGGGGCAGUACCGUGGGCGUUCAUAAGCUCGCAGCCCGCACCGUCGUGACUGUCCUCUGUUAGAACAAUUACCUAAAGUUUCUUUGGGAUGGUUUGUAGCCCGUCGUCGCUUGUUAUCGCCGCAGCAUUUCUCUUGUGUUCCGUCGAUGCAGUGCUAUCACCACAAGUUGAGGGGUCUAACGUCACUAUUGAAACGUUCAUCGAAAACGUUAAGUUACAUGAUAUUCCUUUCGAGAAACGUCACGUGAAUCGCAGCGCCCCAGUCACGUUAAGUUUCAUGAUUACAUAUACGCAUAAACCUCCGAAAACUGAUCUUACUUGGUUUCUGGAUGGCGUUGAAAUAAAAGUUAAUCGGUUCACAGAGGCGCCUGAAAAUCCUAGCGCGAUAUUUUCGGUGGAAUCUGUCGAUGGCUUCACCCUACAUAUAUCACUACACUUAAGGGAUAAAAACCUUACCCCAGGAAACUACACCUUGCUUGUGACGUCUCAUGAGGACAAAUUGGCUGCCGCUGCUGUUAGCGGAUAUGUCGUGUCCCCUCCCAUCUUGCCUUUGUUUCCCAAGGAGAGAAGGGUAUUGGAUGGGGACCGUUUGAGUAUCUUUUGCGAGGUGUUUGGUCACCCCAAACCGACUGAAGUGAAUUGGCGGUUUGCGCACAUCAAACCAGACUCGAUGGAUGACACAGGUGUUUUACUGGACGCUAAAAGCUUCCUGGCCCCUCUUACUCCGAACUCCACCAUGUACAAGUUCAGCACUAGCAGCGUCACGAACGACCAGCUCAUCUUCACCAAUUUAAACGAGUCUUUUAGUGGGCUUUUUGAAUGCCAAGUCAACGGAUCAAUGGGUGGCGACCAAACUCUUAUUUUGGUAAAUGUGAAAGAUCGUUGGGCUGCUCUGUGGCCUUUCAUAGGUAUCGUGAUCGAGGUCACAGUUCUAGUUACUGCAAUCCUACUCUACGAACGGCACCAAUUGCGUUCAGAGCCAUCCAAACCGGAUGCUGGAGUGGGGCCUACGCAUGACGCGCCUUCUUCGAACGCAAAGAUGAAAAAUUCAGCGAUGCAGCAGAAUCAACAGCAAAACAACAUGACCGCUCCCGUUGCGAAUGCACCGGACUUGGGUGCAGACGCAGUGUUGGAUAACAAUAAGAUCUCUGGUAUCGAAUCCGGAGAUACGAAGCAAGAUGAACUACGCCAACGUGGAGCCCUUCGAUGUUAAUUGUGCUCCACCGGGUCAGUUCCGCAAUAUGUCGGGGAUUUGUUACUUUUCGGAUCCAUUUAUCACUUUUACGACUGAUCUGGUCCGUCGACGUGGCUUCAUCGCAGUGAUUCAUACCCUCUCCGUUCCUACAUGUGUAUUCCUUCAGACACACUCCGUAUGCUGCAAAUCACUUCCUUCGAAAAUUCAAUAAGCACUCGCAAAUAGAGGCUUAUUCCUUUAGCGUUUCCUCUCCAACCUUGGUCGCCUGCCACUCAUCCGUUUGUUCCGAUUCCAGGUCACAUGAUCGUGAGCUCCAUAUGCCCCACACAGUCCGGUAUCCUUGUUAUAAUUCAGGUCCAGACAAUAAUCACUCGUAGUUGUACCAGAUAAACUCAUUCUACUUCC